AUGAAGUUUUUAGAGCUUACCGAUUUAGAUAAAUUAAACUCCAUUUUGAAAUUUGAAACAGCAGAACUUCGUGUUCAAGGAGGAGUUGAACUUUUUUCCACAAAGCCUCAAUCUUAUGACCGAAAGUUAUAUCGGACCAUAGAUAAGCACCUAAAUUCACUUCAACAAGAUGCUCUUUUACAAUAUUCAAACAUCAUUUCUGAUGGUUCACUUUCAAAAUCCUUCUCACCUCCAAACAGUUCCAAUCUCGCUUUAAUCUCACCACCAUCUUCUCAUUCUGAUCGUUCUACUCUAGCUAUUAAUUAUCCAAACGAAGAAACCAAUGGAAAAAAUCACUCUCAAGUACAAGGGUCUUCUUUGCCUCCAGCUCUUGCUUUUUCGUUAAAUUCAUCUCCAUUUGGUCCCCUCGAUCAAGCUGCAUCUAGAAAGGCUUUCGGAUAUUUAAUAUCGGUAUUAAAUUCAACACAUCCUGAUCAUGACUUCUCUUCUCUUCAACCUUCUGAUUUUCGCCGUGAACCAUCAGUUACUAGUGUAUUAAACACUUUUAAUAAUCUAAUUUUUAGUGUUGGUAUGCCUCUUCCACCAACUUUGUGGGAGUCUUUAGAUGAUCAUAUUGGCUUGAAAGAAUGUGCUGUAUACUCUCAUACCCCAUCUGACUCUUUUUUAAACGAUUUGGGACCUGGGACCUUGUGGUGUUAUAUGUGGUUUUUUUUUAAUAAACGUCGGAAAAGAGUAGUUUAUCUUUAUUUAACAGCUACAAGAACUCAUGAGCUUUCUUCUUCAUUAAGAAGAGAACAUGAACGCCGAAGGAGAGACAGCUCUUCUUUAGCCACUUACCCUGAAUCUUAUGAUGAAGAAGAAUACGACCUAGCCCAAGUUUCUGAAAAUGAAAAUGGUGAUUACGAUGAUGAUGAUGCUAUUGUUGGAGAUUUAGAGCUUGAGUGA